ACUUUGGUAGGGGUUAGGCCUAGCGUGAAUGUAAAGAAAACAAGUGCGUUGUUUAUAUCAUGUCUGAAAAUAUAGCAGAGUUAUUGUGCAGUGGAACUAAACUUAAUCGUGAUAAAGGUUAUGCAAAUUUAAUGACGUUUUUGGAGAAGUCUCAGAACAGUAAUUGUUCUAUUAAAGAUAUUGAAGAUUUACAAAGUAUUUUUGUCAAACUUUUAGACAAUGAUACUUCAAGUUCUUGGGAGAAAAAACUAGGGGCACUGUUGGGUGUAAAAGGUUUACUUUCAUUUGUUAUUGCUUCCAUAAAAUGUCAUUCCGAAACAUCUUCCUCCAAUGACAGUACCAGUGAUGUUAUUGAACUGUUAAAGUCAGAGAACUUUUUUUUAGAACUUUUUUCUUUAUGUGAAAAACUUCUGACACAUGAAGAAGUAAGAAUUCGUUUGACAUCAGGAGAAGUGAUAGGACUCUUAUGUCAAAUCCAUGGUACCAAAGUUUAUAAUCAGUGCCAAGAGAGACUACUGACAUUGAUCAAAGACAACUUGGAAAGAGAGAUUUCAGAUGUAAGCACAGGAGUUUCACAAGAAUGUAAUGAUGAUGAAAAAUCUCCUAAGAAGACUUUAGAAAGGCGAGGAAGUGCUAAUGCUGCUCAGAUAUUUCAUGACACCGCUGGAUGGAAGUGCUUGGAAACCAGCAUGAAGUGUCUUCAGGCUGUGGUGGAUGGAUGCGGGACAGAGUUUUGGCCAUGGAUAACUCAGGAACUGUUGGACCUUUUGUUUCAAUCUUUAAAACAUACAAAUCGUUUUGUUCGAGAAACAGGAUAUUAUGUUUUAGGAUCACUAAUUGCAUGUGGAUCCCUACAGACAGAUUCCUGUGCUGAAAAGCCAUUCACAGCUGAUCGAUUUGGUCAUCAGAUAAGUAAACAACUUGCUGCUGGUCUGGCUGACAAUUGGAGUCAAGUACGACUGGCUGCUUCAGAAGCAACCAGAAAGUUUUUAUUGUCUUUUUCCACUGAUGCUGAACAAGAAGUUUUCUUUCCUGAACUGCUACCACAGAUGUGUCUGAAUAGGUAUUAUGUGGCAGAAGGAGUUAGAAUUUAUUCCCAAGAAACCUGGAAGACGGUGGCAAAAAAUGAAGGCAGAGAACUUGUAGAGAAAUAUAUUGAGCAUAUGGUAAAUUACUACAUCUCUCAGACACAGGCAGAUAAUCAUGCAGUUCGUGAAGCUGCAUGUGCUUGUAUUGCUGAGUUGGCUUCAAAGAUAAAAAGAGAAGCUGUAGGCCCGCAUGUUCAAAAGUUGUUGCAGACUUUGGUGAUCUGUUUUCAAGAUGACAGUUGGCCAGUGAGAGAUGCUGCAUGUCUAGCAAGUGGCAACUUUGUCCUAUGUUAUCCAGAAGAAGCAAGCAAUGUGAUGGACAAACUAUAUCCACUGUUCUUCACAAACCUGGAGGACUGCAUAUCAUCUGUAAGGCAAGGUGCAGCUGGGGCCAUAGCCAAUGUUGUCAGAGCAUAUGGAGAGGUCUCCAUGAAGAUUGUUGAAGAAAAGAUUAAGAGUGGUUUGAAGGGAGUAGCCAACCAACCAGUUGAAUCAGAAAGAUAUGCAGAUGUGGACAAAGGACCGGCUACUUUUAGUGUUGUGAAAAGGUUACGUGACAAUGACAUGGAGUUGCACACUGACAAACAGAUGUACUCCUGUGGCUCUUUGGCACCUAAAAUGAGCCGUGGUGGAAGUGGCUGCUCUAACCACAGCUUUCGAAAACCAUCUGAACCCUGGGAACUAGCUGAUGGUUGUAUUCAUUUAGUUGUGGAACUAGCACAGAUACAGAACUUAACUCCUAAAGUGUUGGAGUUCUUACCACUGGUGGCAGAAGCAACAAGUCAUCGCCAUUACACUCGUCAUGUGUGUCUGUUAGAGACCUUGUGCAAACAGCUGCCUGUUAUUGCUAGAGGUGUUGGGAAGAGACAUUUUAAAGCUCAUUUAGAGAAGUUUCUGGAUUCUGUGUUUUAUAGCUUAACCUGUGAAAACCUGUUGAUUUCCAGUGCUGCCAGUGAUUGUGUUUCUCAACUAUCUAGCUAUCUUGGUCCGUCAAUUCUGCGUGGAAGGGUGGAAAUGUAUAAUCCAAAUUACCUUCGACAGCUUGAGGCUCAUAUUCAACCAGUUCUCCAGGGAUAUCAGCAAGGUUAUUCCACACAUCAAAAGUUUUAAGUUUCUUAUUUUAAGUUGUCUAUAGUUCUAAUACAGAAUGUAAGAAAAUUAUAUUUCAGUAUGAUAACUGUUUAGAUAGUCAUUUGGCUUAAAACAAAACAAUUCAGAAAUAAAGUUAUGUAUAUUCAAGGUGUACCACAUUCUUCAGGACUAUAUUUCAUUGCAAGUUAAAAAAUAAAAGUUUUCCAGAAUUUGU